GCCGCGGGCGUGGGGGGACGGGGAGGAGAAGGCGGCGGGCGGGCAGCGCCGUGUCCGGGCUCCGUCCUUGGCGUGUGCGGCUGAGGGAGGGCGCGGAGCCCGCCUGCACCCUCAGGAGCGGGGGUCUCCCUCUCUGCCCGCCCGCAGCGGGAGGUCCCGGGCCAGGGGCGGCCCCAGGUGCGGGGGGAGCCUCCGCCGCCCCCGCUGUCCCUCUCCGGUGUCCGUGCCUCCGUGUCUCCUCCGUCAGCAUGAACAUCCUGCUGGAGCUCUUCGUGGUGACUUUCCGGGUGCUGUGGGCUUUCGUUCUGGCCGCCGCCAAGUGGUUGGUGCGGCCCAAGGAGAAGAGCGUGGCCGGGCAGGUGUGCCUCAUCACCGGGGCGGGCAGCGGCCUGGGCCGCCUCUUCGCCUUAGAGUUUGCCCGGCGUCGGGCUCUCCUGGUCCUGUGGGACAUCAACACCCAGAGCAACGAGGAGACGGCGGGCAUGGUGCGGCACAUCUACCGGGAGAUGGCUGCCACCUCCAGAGUAGCCGGAGAGGGAGAAAAAGAUGCCCUGCCCCGCUGCGACUUGCAGGUUUACACCUACACCUGCGACGUGGGCAAAAGGGAGAACGUCUACUCCACGGCUGAGAGGGUCCGCAAGGAGGUGGGCGAGGUGUCGGUGCUGGUCAACAACGCCGGCGUGGUCUCUGGCCACCACCUCCUGGAGUGUCCCGACGAGCUGAUCGAGAGGACCAUGAUGGUCAACUGUCACGCGCACUUCUGGACCACUAAAGCCUUCCUUCCCAAGAUGCUGGAAAUGAAUCAUGGACACAUCGUGACAGUUGCGAGUUCCUUGGGAUUGUUCAGUACUGCUGGAGUGGAGGAUUAUUGCGCCAGCAAAUUUGGAGCUGUAGGUUUCCAUGAGUCUUUGAGCCAUGAAUUGAAGGCUGCUGAAAAGGACGGAAUCAAAACAACUUUAGUCUGCCCUUAUCUUGUAGAUACAGGAAUGUUCAGAGGGUGCAGGAUCAGAAAAGAAAUUGAGCCUUUCCUUCCGCCCUUGAAGCCGGAAUACUGCGUGAAGCAGGCGAUGAGAGCCAUCCUUACGGACCAGCCCAUGAUCUGCACACCUCGCCUCAUGUACAUGGUCACCUUCAUGAAAAGUAUUCUGCCCUUUGAAGCAGUGGUGUGCAUGUACCGAUUUUUGGGAGCGGACAAGUGUAUGUACCCUUUCAUCGCUCAAAGGAAACAGGCUACAAACAACAACGAAGCAAAAAAUGGAAUUUAACACAAUUUUUGGCUGGACUAACGUUUCUGGGUGAACACGAUAGCGUUACGUGACUGAACGGCGAAGUGCACUUGCAUCUGAGGGAUGCAAAUGUCGACAUCUUACCGUGGCAUUCUCUUGGGUCCUAAACCUGUGUAUGGAACUCUAAAAGUCGAUGAUUUUUGGGUUGGUUUUGUUUUGGUUUUGUUUUUUUUUAUAUACUGUAA